AUGUCAGACCUCUCAGGGUCACGUUCACCUGCCCCUCCUCCCCCGCCGCCGCCGACCCAGAAGUACUCACGCGCUGCGAACGCGUUAGCCCGCUUCGCUCAGCCCUUCUUUUCGGGAUCGAGACCCCCCAGUCCUCAGAAUAGCCGGGUCGAUGGCCCUAGACCGAUCAGGUCCAAAUCUCUACCAGGCGAACCUCAGACAGUUACCCACCGGACCGGCAUUGCCAUCGCCGCACUUGAUAUCUCGCCGCAGCGGACACAUGCGGUGAUCGGAGGCAAGGAUAUCCUCAAAACCAUCCGAGUCUCGCCUGAUCACUCAUCGGAAGAAUUUAAUAUUCGCAAUACUGUCAUCAGCUAUGCAUCCACCCAUCAUGAUGCGGGCGUGUCGAUGCCGCAUAAAGACCAGUUGAACGUGAAGGACGUCAAGUGGUCACAUGGUAAUUACGACCGAAUAAUCGCUACGGCUGUCGCCAAUGGCCGGGUCGUCGUUUACGACCUGCAGCGGCCCGGCCUCCAAUUAUGUCGUUUCCAGGGCCACAACCGCCAGGUUCACCGACUGGCCUUCAACCCUCAUCUCGCAUCUUGGCUGCUGUCCGGCAGCCAAGAUGGCACAAUUCGGAUGUGGGAUUUACGAUCCGCCUCUGCGAAUCGGGGGCCUUCCACGUGCGGCAGCAAGCAUGUCUAUCAGGGCAAUAGCGAUGCCAUCCGGGACGUCCGGUGGUCUCCCACUGACGGUGUCGUGUUUGCGACCGCUUCGGACAGCGGCGCCAUUCAGAUGUGGGAUUCGCGCAAGACCAACGCCCCGCUCAUGAGGAUUGCGGCUCACGAUCGUCCGUGUUAUGCUGUUGAUUGGCAUCCUGAUGGCAAGCAUAUCGUCAGUGGUGGUACAGACCGCCAAGUCAAGGUCUGGGAUUUCUCCUCCUCCGCCGAGCGCCGACAGAAACCUGCGUUUCAGUUCCGGACCCCCCAGGCCGUUACCAACGUCCGCUGGCGGCCACCUUCAUGGGUGGGUGACUCGCCCGCUUCGGGGGAGUGGCAGUCUUCCCAGAUUGUCACGUCCUAUGACAAAGAGGAUCCACGCCUCCACCUGUGGGAUCUCCGCCGCCCACAUAUGCCAUUCCGGGAGUUUGACCGAUAUGAUGCUCCGGCCACGGAUCUACUCUGGCAUUCCAAGGACUUGCUAUGGACGGUCGGAGAGGCCGGGGCAUUCACACAAACAGAUGUUCGGUACUCUCCAACAGUCAUCAAGCGUCGCCCCAUGUGCUCGGUCGCUUGGAGCCCCAAUGGUGAGUUUGUGGCUUUUGGCCAGAGACGACUGAGGCGACAACCUCCCAACGUCAACACCACUCAAUCUCUUCCCUUCAAUGAUGACGAUCAGUUUAGCACUGGUGAUAUAUCAUUGAGUCAAAGCCCAGCAGACGAUUUCCUCGACGAAGCCGUCCUUGCAACGUCUUUUCGGCCGCGACAGUCCAAAGCCCCCACAACGAUCUCCGGAUCGAAAUCGCUCGGCAACACCCCACCCGGAGCCGUAGACAGCAUCCCCGUUCUCGACCUCGAAGAAGCUUUAGCCAAGAUCUCCACCCCUACCCCUAGUCAGUUUGGAACUAUCGGAAGCAUUCCUGGUGCCACGAAUGAUGCAUCCCUCUUCCGAUUCUUGGCGCGGCACUACUCGCCGCUGAUGGAUGAAAACAUUCACAACCAAACCCAUGUAGAUGUAUUGAAUUCUCUCAUGGAGUCUCUCGACCAUAACGCGGAGCGUGCGGAUGACAUUUCUCUCCCCAAACUCGCACAGACUUGGCGGAUUGUAAAAUUCGCUAUCAUCCAAGAGCUACAACACAGGUCGAGGGAGCAGCCUGCAGGGAAAGGCGCCGCGAACGGCAGACAAUCCAAAGAUGGAAUCUUGCCAGAGAAGGCUCAAUUGAUGGUAGAUGAAAAUCGACACGGGAAAGUCAAGAGUCGGUUGUUCAAGGGUGUUAUGGAAACGGAGGGACAGAGAGGACUCACCACAGAAGCUGAAAGUACAUCGAACAUGACUACCCCACUUGCGCAACCGUUGCCCGACUCACCCAUGGACUCUUGGACGGACAGUGACUCUCAAAUUCCGUCCAUCAGUGAAAAUGCCAUCGACCUCGAUCCACUCCCACCGUCCGUUUUAAGCUCUCAUAACGGCUGGGGCAUGUCAGGCCCCGAAGCCCCCGCUCCUGCAGCACUUAGACAAGAACAAUCCGCCACUUCCAGCGAAGGGAUAUAUGCUUCGGGUCAACCUAUUGACUAUCUGCGGGAGCCAGGACUGGCAGACUCGGAUAGUGACCAAAGAUCUGCGCCCAGAGCUAUUGCAGGCAGAUCAGACUGGCGCCGUCGAGAUCCCCCGGAUUUGCUACGACAAGCAUCUGAAGACGACUAUGACCAACAGAUGGAAGAUAAACGAGACGCAAUUCGUGACUUCAAGCAAACUCCAAAGAAAGUUUUGACGUUGGAAUCCAACCGCCCCCCCCACCACAGAGCGCUACCAGCGGCUUCACAACCCUCCAAAUCUCUAGGAGCCUCGUUUUCCUCCAAUGGGCAAUUUUCCGACCGUCGGAUGUCGGAUGCUGGCCAAGCUAGUGGUUCUUUCAACGGUAGAAGGCUUUCUUCUCUCGCGAGGCGAGAAUCUACUCUAGAGCCUACCCAGGAGGAGCUUGAAGAUAGUUUGGAACUUCAAGAUUCUGUCCUCGAGGAGGAUGGUGGCCAUCUUGAGCGACCAUCUAGUCCUGCCCCGCUAAUGAAGCAGUCGACCCCCUUCAAAUACCCAGAAAGCGAGGAUCACUUCAAGUCUUCAAGGAAUGGGGUUUCCACAGGUGUAGCGGCCUGUCCUGUAGUCGCUGGCAUCUGCGAAGAUAUCUCUCAAGUAAGACUUCCGCUUACGCCCGAUGCAUCGGAUCCAAAGCCAUGGAGCAUCGAAGCUAUUUUGAAAGAGACAGUGCGCUAUUACCACAGCAGUAGCAGCUCUGUGGACAUCCAAACUGCUGCCCAUUUGCUCCACAAGCUUCAUAUCAUAUUUGAAGACUGCGAUGAUAUUCUUCCAUAUGAAGAGUGCGAGAUGAUCUUCAAAACCUACAAUGAUCUUCUGAUCCGCCACUCGCUGGAUUUGGAGGCUGCAGAGCUUCGCCUGUCAUGCGUGUCGAAGUACCCUGCCGUCUAUGACUAUGCCCAGGCGGACACUUUCAUGAAUGUUUUCUGCCACUCCUGCCAACGACCAUACGAGAACCCCACACGCGACAACACACGCUGUCAUCGUUGCAACACUCCACAAUCACCUUGCGCAAUCUGUUCAAGCAUCAACCCGCCCCCUGAAUGGGUUGCAGCUGAAUCCCAACAACACUCAAUGAAAGACCAAAGCAUGAUGCCGUCGGAACCCGAUGCCGAUACCGUUUUACGCCUCUCAUCGAAAUCUUCAUUCCCCACUGAGCCUAUUCCCGCCAACGAGCUCGAUGCUUUCGAAUCUUUCGCCACACCGAGGCCGAAAGGCUCGGCUCUUUGGUCAUGGUGUCAAGGCUGUGGCCAUGGCGGCCAUGUCACCUGCAUCACAACUUGGCUCAGCGAUCUUUCUAUGAGUGAGGGCGGCUGCGCCACGCCCGGCUGCAUGCAUGACUGCGGGCCCGGCCCACGUCGCGAAUCGAACCGGCAGAUCCUCCUUACCGAGUCAAAGCGUCGCGACUCCGUCAGCCGUUCUUCCGGCGUGGGUCUCGUGAAGCGAGAUCCUUGGUCGAAGGGCGAGAGCAAGGCCGUUGAGAAGGUUCGGGGUAUGCUUGGGGCGGCAGGUAUUGCUGCUGCGACGGGCCAAAACACUGCUGUGUCGAACGCCUCGGGGAACUCUGCUGCUACUAGCCAGAGCGCCCUUUCCUCUGGUGCCGUUUCGCCCAAAAGAGUGAGGCUCGUCACGCCCGUCGAGCAUGGAAGGCGAAGAGCGCCUUCAGGUCGAACUAAUGCUGCGCCGCAAGAGUAG